AUGACAUCUAGAUACAGAGUUGAAUAUGCAUUAAAGAGCCAUCGUAGGGAUGAAUUUAUUGAGUGGAUAAAAGGCUUAUUGGCCGUGCCAUUCGUUCUUCAUGCAGAUGUGGAGAAUUAUGAUACCGAUUUCAUGAAGCAUUACGAAGAUCCUGAGGCAUAUGAAGACUAUCUUUUGUCUCGAGAAUAUGAAAUUGCAUUAGAAUGUCAAAACAGAUACAAGGAGAUAUUUGCUGAUGUCGAAAAAUUGGUGAAUCAUGCUAUCAUUAUCGACAAGUUGCAGGAUAAGAACCCGACGUAUGUGGACACCAGCAGAUUGAGGAAAUUGGUUCCAAGCGUUGGAAGAUUUUUCACCCCAUUACCUUUAACUGAAGCGUUCUUAGUUGAAGAUUCAAGAAGGCUGAUAUCUAAAAGGAGAUUGGUCAGUCCGUCGUUCAAUGAUGUGAGGUCUAUAUUGAAUACUGCUCAAGUGUUGGCCCUUGCGAAGAUGUACCAAGAUAGCGAUGAAUCUGGAUCCAGGUUGAAAUUGAUUACUUUCGAUGGUGAUGUUACACUAUACGCCGACGGAAGUUCAUUAACCCCGGAUGCACCUGUUAUUGAUAAGCUAAUUAAGUUGUUAUCGAUGAAUUUAUUUAUCGGAGUUGUAACUGCAGCUGGUUAUCCGGGUCAGCUGGGGGUUCCUCAGUACUAUGAAAGAUUGAAGGGUUUGAUAGAUAGAAUCCGUACCACUCCAGAGUUGAAUGAUCACCAAAGAGAGAAUUUACUUGUUAUGGGCGGUGAAUCGAAUUAUUUGUUUAGAUAUGAUAAUGAAUUUGGCAACCUAAAGUUUAUUGAAGCCGACGAGUGGUACUUACCUAUAAUGCUGAGUUGGGAUAAACUAAAGAUUGACUACAUUAUGCUGACGACAGACAAACAUCUAAAACAUUUGCAGAAAAAGUUCAAAUUAGAUGAUAUGGAUAAGACCACAAUCAUAAGAAAGGAAAGAUCCAUUGGUAUCAUUCCUAACCCAGGAUAUAGAAUCUUGCGGGAGCACUUAGAAGAGAUGGUUCUUUCAUGUUCUAUGAAAUUACAAGAGAUCUUGGCAAGAACAGCCAGAACUCCAGUAAACAUGGAAAUUGUUAAUCAACUAGAUACAAGCCAAGCAGUAUCCACUCAGAACGCCGCUGAUGAUCAUAUCAAAGUGUGUGCUUUUAAUGGGGGUUCCGAUGUGUGGGUUGAUAUUGGGGACAAAAGUUUGGGAGUCGAAUCUCUACAAAAGUAUUUAUGCAAAGACGUAAAAUAUGAACAUAAGGUUUGUCCAAUCUUAAAAAGUGAAAGUUUACAUAUUGGUGAUCAGUUCGCUAGUCUUGGUGCAAAUGAUUUUAAAGCAAGAUUGAGUGCAUGUACAGUAUGGAUUGCAAGCCCAAGAGAAACUGUUGCAAUCUUAGAAGACUUAAUACAGCAUUUGUCAAAUAAAUAG